UGUGCUGUGUCCCUCGGACACAGUGGAUCACUGAUCAAUGGAAAGAGCCUAAGACGGUCGCUCGGUCACGUGAUCAGCUGUGUCCAAUCACAGCUGAUCGCAUGGGACAUGUACACUGAUCAUCAGGGCACUGAUGAUCAGUGUGCCCUGAUGAUCAGUGUAGCCCCAGCAGUGCCACCUGUCAGUGUCCAUCAAUGCCAGCUGUCAGUGCUCAUCAAUGCCACCUGCCAGUGCCCAUCAGUGCCACAUCACUGCCACAUAUCAGUGCCUACCAGUGCACAUCAAUGCCACAUAUCAGUGCCCAUAUGAGCUGCCUUUUAGUGUCACCUAUCAGUGCCAGUUAAUGCCACCUAUCAAUGGCAGUCAGUGCCAGCUAUCAGUGCUGCCAAUCCGUGCCAGUCAGCGCCACCUAUCAGUGCCAGUCACUGCCACCUAUCAGUGCACAUCAGUAGCACCUCUCAGAGCCCAUCAG